ACACCGACGAUCAUCACUCUAUCUCUUCGACCUGCAUGCGGCAGCCUCCAGCCUCCCGCGCCCUGAUAUGCAUGUUCCCGUGAGGCUGUCCUAAGUCUCCUUAGCAGCUGGAGCGACUCGAGGCGGGCCACCCCAACCGCGUCAUUUACAAUUGGUAGCUCAACGUCGGAAGCCGCUCUCUACGGUGCGACCACGUAUUCGGGCCCGCGAACGGUGAACUAUCUAUCAUUCAGAGCUCGCAGACUAGGGAGCGACUGCAUGAUUGACAGCGCGCCGCCAAGUGUACCAUACGUGCAUACGUCGACUGCACGCUGGUGCACAUAUGUUGGCACCACUCUGCGCUUGCUGUGAGAUAUGCUGAUAUGGCCAUCGAGAAAAAGCAAGCAGCGAUGCUAUUCCGUGACCUCAGCUUACUGUGAAGCACACUCCCAACUUGAGAUAUGGCGUCAUUGCAGCGAGAUCGCUCGCCAUGUAGGAGCGGUGAGCUUGUUACUCAGUGCGAGCAGCAAGGCUCGAGCGACGACGAAACGUCCUCAGAUAUUACGCUGAACGAGGUAGAUGAAGCCGAUCAACGGCUGCCUCUUUCGAGCACGGUAAGGGAGGCACCGCUAUCGCACAGCGCGGGACUUUCUUCUUCUGUCAUCUUUCCAUUCCAUCUCCUCGCAGGCUGUAGCUCAGCAGAGAGAGGGACCAUGUGCAUCUUGUCAGCGUCGCUUACAUCGCAGGAAGUGAAGACAUCUCUAGGUGUAGGACUAAGAGGUACGUCUAGUCGAGUUGCUGCGUCCAUCGGUGAUGCAUCAGGGCCCCGCAGCCGGCGCUUUUGGCCCUGGACCCUGAAGGUGCCGUCAUCGCUCCCACCAUGUCGCGAAACCUUUACACGCGACCAUGCACUCACUCCAGAGAUACAACACCAAGCCGGGCUGACCAUGCCAGCAGCAGCGCCUCCGCAUAGUGACGGCAUCCCGGAGACGCAGGGCGCAGAGAAGUCUGGCCCAGAUGUCAAUCGAACGCCUGCCCUCGCGCAUCGAAUGAAGCACGACAAAUCGAUCCUCGCGUUAGCAGUGUCAUCACAGUACAUCUUCGCCGGUACUCAGGGAGGGGAGAUCCUAGUGUUCAGCCUCGAUACCUACGAGCGACGCAGCGUCAUACAUGCACACAAGGGCAGUGUACUCGGCUUGUGUCUGUCGCAUGACCGCAAGUGGCUGUUCUCAAGCGCAGCAGAUCCGAUCGUCAAUGUCUGGUGCACGUCGACCUUCAGACACCUGUACGCUCUCUGGUCGCCAUACGACAUCGGGGACAUCUUCUGCGUCGCAUACUCUUCCCAACAUCGUACCGUCUACCUCGGAGCCCAGAACACAAGCAUACAAUGGUAUGAUCUGAAGGAGAAAGACACUAGACCGACCCCGAGUCUGUCAUCGCACCCUGCAGAGCGAAAGAACAAAUUCUUCGACUCGCUUGGACCUGGCGGCGCGCAGACCCCGAAGCCCAGCGGGGCAGACACGAGACCACGCGACGCAGUAGGGGGGCAAGAACUGCAAAUCGACAGCCAUGACAUCUGCCAAUUCGCCCACUACGGAUACGUACAUUGUAUGCUCCUGGGCAGCGGGAUAAUACCGGAGGCGCCAUCCGAGGAGAUUCUAGUCUCAGGUGGAGGAGACGGGCGUAUCUUGCUGUGGCGCAUAGAUCCUACGCAGCGCGGUGCCAUCACAAGCCUUUACACAUUGGAAGAUGGGAGGGAGGAAGGUGAAUCUAUACUCUCACUCGCCAGAGAGGGCUCCUUCCUGUACAGUGGGCGAUUCGACGGCGAGGUCAACGUGUGGGAUCUCGAAACCAGGCAACUAGUGCGAAGUCUGAAAGCGACCACCGGCGACGUUCAUACUCUAACAUUGGGUGCCGGCGUUCUGUACGCUGGUGGUAAAACAGGCGUCAUGCAGAAAUUCAACGAGCACUACGAAACCAUCACGUCCUUCAAGGCACACGACGGCCUAAUCCUCGCUUCCGCGUUUACCAGAUACAACGAUAAGCCAACCCUCGUUACCGGCGGCAAUGACAAUACUGUGGUUAUCUGGGAAGUCAGAGAUUGUGCGGAGCCCAACGCCGUCUCACGCAGAAGUAACAACGAUCUCAUGGUGGAGUCAUUGAGACAGUUCGUUUCUUUUCGGACCGUAUCGUCGCUGCCCAAAUAUCGCGCUGACUGUCGUAGAGGGGCGUCUUACUUGCGUUCCGUCUUCCAGAAUUUUGGCGCUGUUACCGAGAUGAUCAACACAAGCGAGUACAACCCAAUUGUGUUUGCGAAAUUCCGCGGCAACCCGGCUACAGCGGCCUCACGUAAGAAAAUUCUGUUCUACGGACACUACGAUGUUAUCCCUGCGGAAAACGAACACCGCAAGUGGAAACACGAUCCCUUCGAACUGACGGGGGAGGGAGGCUAUUUAUAUGGUCGCGGGACGUCUGACAACAAAGGCCCGAUUAUGGCUGCCAUCUACGCAGCUCAUGAGCUUGCAAACGAACAGCGCCUGGAUUCCGACAUUAUCUUCCUCAUAGAAGGUGAAGAGGAGAGUGGCUCACGCGGUUUUGAAAAGGCUAUACAAGCCAGGAAAGAUCUUAUUGGUGAUGUUGACUGGAUUCUUCUGGCCAACAGCUAUUGGCUCGACGACCACGUACCUUGCUUGACUUACGGACUCCGAGGAGUCAUACAUGCUACUGUGCAGAUUGAGAGUAAGCAUCCUGACUUGCACAGUGGUGUGGAUGGAAGUGCUUUGCUAGACGAACCGCUCAAGGAUCUUGUCAUGCUGCUCUCACGACUGACUGCGCGUCAUGGCAAGGUUCAAAUACCAGGUUUCUACGACCCCAUUCUACCCCUAACAGAGGAUGAGGAGGAGCUCUAUACUGAAAUCACCGAGACACUUUUACGUGGUAAUCCAGAUCUUGGCGACGCAGGAGAGCUAGCACAGUCACUAAUGCGCAGAUGGCGAGAGGCUUCGCUCACCAUCCAUCGCUUCCAGACUUCUGGUCCUGAUAACUCGACUAUCAUCCCUCGUCUUGCUAAGGCUGCCCUUUCCAUACGGCUGGUGCCUAACCAAGAAGCGGGCGAUGUAGCAGAGAGUCUGAAGUCCUUUAUGCAAUCUGAGUUUGAAGAGCUUGACUCAAAGAACCAGCUCAAAGUGACAAUCGACCACCAAGCUGAGCCUUGGCUCGGUGACUUCAACAACGAAAUCUUCCAGACGCUUGAGUGCGCCAUCAUGUCAGUAUGGGGUCCAACUCUUGGACAGAGAAGAGAGAGUACAUCUGUAGUCCAGCCGCCCGACUACUUCUCGCCAUUAUCACGAGCGGCAGCCGAGCCUUCAACACCUACAACUAAAGACAAGCCUGCCCCAGCGACAUCAAACACCCUAGCCAACUCAUCCGAUCCGGCUCUCGCAGGGCCUGUCCCAUUAUCGGGCACCUCGACGCCUGAUCACACUCAAAGCGAAACAGCGUCUCGCAAGCCACUUUACAUCCGGGAAGGCGGCUCUAUUCCCAGUAUCAGAUUCUUGGAGAAAGAGUUCAACGCUCCAGCCGCGCAUCUGCCGUGCGGUCAAGCAAGUGAUAGCGCGCAUUUGGACAACGAGCGUCUGAGGUUAGUGAACUUGUACAAUAGCAAAAAGAUCUUCAAGGAGGUGUUUCGGGAGCUGCCGAAGAAAUGAUGGCUUCAAUUGGAUUAUAUAGUCGAGAGUUAGGGGAUGUAUUGGAGUUUUGAAGGGUGUGCCAUGUAAACAUACAUACCCUCGAGUAUGGUAUACCACGGCCGCGUCUCUGCAGCGCUAUACCGCGUAUGCAUCAUAUGCACCGUAUAUAUACACAUCCAAAUUAUCUACAGCGAUACCCUAAUCAUUACUUACCCCAUACUGCCCACUGAACCAAUCACGCCACGUCAGAGCACCAAGACCCUCGGCUUACCCCAAUCGCAUACCCCGCUGCAACUACCCACUAGCCGAACCCUUCGGAUACCCGCAUCUCCAUACAUCGCCAUCUACAUCAAGACACGCCCUGCGAUCAACAGG